AUGAGCCAGGUGCUGGGGAAGCCGCAGCCGGAGGAGGAGGACGCCGACGACGAGGAGGAGGAUGAGCUGGUGGGGCUAGCGGACUACGGAGACGGGCCCGACUCCUCGGACGCCGAGCCGGACAGCGGGGCGGAGGAGGGAGUUCUGGACUUUAGCGACCCCUUCAGCACGGAGGUAAAGCCGAGGAUCCUGCUCAUGGGCCUGAGAAGGAGUGGCAAGUCAUCCAUCCAGAAAGUCGUCUUUCAUAAAAUGUCUCCCAACGAAACUCUGUUCUUGGAGAGCACGAACAAGAUCUGCCGGGAGGACGUUUCCAACAGCUCCUUUGUUAAUUUUCAGAUAUGGGACUUCCCAGGACAGAUUGACUUUUUUGACCCCACCUUUGACUAUGAGAUGAUCUUCCGAGGGACUGGAGCACUGAUAUUUGUAAUAGACUCCCAGGACGAUUACAUGGAGGCCUUGGCCAGGCUCCACCUCACCGUGACCAGGGCCUACAAAGUCAACACCGACAUCAACUUCGAGGUGUUCAUCCACAAAGUGGAUGGCCUGUCAGAUGACCACAAAAUUGAAACCCAGAGGGACAUCCACCAGAGGGCCAAUGAUGACCUUGCAGAUGCCGGGCUAGAAAAAAUUCACCUCAGCUUUUAUCUGACAAGCAUAUAUGACCAUUCAAUAUUUGAAGCUUUUAGCAAAGUGGUUCAGAAACUGAUUCCACAACUUCCCACCCUGGAGAAUUUGCUAAACAUCUUUAUCUCAAAUUCUGGAAUUGAAAAGGCGUUUCUCUUUGAUGUGGUCAGUAAGAUUUAUAUUGCAACAGAUAGUACCCCUGUGGAUAUGCAAACGUACGAGCUCUGCUGUGACAUGAUCGAUGUGGUCAUUGAUAUUUCAUGUAUUUAUGGCCUCAAAGAAGAUGGAGCAGGAACCCCCUAUGACAAGGAAUCAACAGCCAUUAUAAAGCUGAAUAAUACAACAGUUCUCUAUUUAAAAGAGGUGACAAAGUUCCUGGCUCUUGUGUGCUUUGUCAGAGAGGAAAGCUUUGAGAGAAAAGGGUUGAUUGACUAUAAUUUUCAUUGCUUCCGGAAGGCCAUCCAUGAAGUGUUUGAGGUGAGAAUGAAAGUAGUGAAAUCGCGAAAGGUUCAGAAUCGGCUGCAGAAGAAGAAAGGAGCCACCCCCAACGGCACGCCUAGGGUGCUGCUGUAG